UCUCUCUCUCUCUCUCUCUCUCAAUGGCAACGGAAUAUGAUCUUCUAUUUCUUCCCAAAAUGGUUCAGUCAUCUGUUAUGAGCCUCGAAACGACGCUUUGUGUAGUGCUUUUUACUGCCGUUUUGGCACUCUGGCUUGUCCCGGGUGGACUCGCAUGGGUUCUCGCCAGGCCCGGGGCAACGAAUCCGAUACCGGGCCCAUCCGGCUUCCCGCUAGUCGGGCUGGCCCACGUUUUGGCCGGCUCUACCCCCCACCGCGCCCUGGCCGACCUCGCCCGGAGCUUCGGCUUUCCCAAACUGAUGGCUUACUCCGUCGGUUUGACCCGUUUCGUCAUUUCGACCCACCCGGAAACGGCGAAGGAAAUACUGGGCAGUCCGGCCUUUGCGGACCGGCCCGUGAAGGAAUCAGCCUACGAGCUGCUCUUCCACCGGGCAAUUGGGUUCGCUCCCUACGGGAAGUACUGGCGGAAGUUGAGGAGAAUCUCUGGGACCCAUUUGUUCAGCACGAAGAGGGUAUCCGGGUUGGGGGAUAUCAGAAACGGGAUCGGGUCGGGCAUGGUUGAGGAGAUAAGGGCUUUGAUGGGGGUGAAGGGAGAGGUGGAGGUUAAGAAGGUUUUACAUUAUGGGUCUCUGAGGAGUAUGAUGUUGAGUGUGUUUGGGAAGAGUCAUGGCGGCGGUGAGCUUGAGGAGAUGGUGGGGGAAGGGUACGAGCUGCUUGGGAUGUUCAAUUGGAGUGAUCAUUUUCCGGUGGUGGGGUGGCUGGAUUUGCAGGGAGUGAAGAAGAGAUGCAGAGGGUUGGUGGCGAGGGUAAACGUGUUUGUGGGGAAGAUCAUUGAUGAGCAUAGGGUUAAGAGGGGUGGUCGCGGUGGUGGCGGGGAAGAAGAGCAGUUUAGAGAUUUUGUUGAUGUGUUGCUUGAUUUAGAGGAAGAGGAUAACCUUAGUGACUCUGAUAUGAUCGCUGUUCUCUGGGAAAUGAUUUUCCGCGGAACAGAUACGGUCGCAAUCCUGCUAGAAUGGAUUCUCGCGAGAAUGGUCCUGCACCCGGAAAUCCAAUCCAAAGCCCAAUCCGAAAUUGAUGCUGUCGUCGGAAACUAUAGACCCGUUUCCGACUCCGACAUCCCAAGCCUCCCUUACCUCCAAAACAUCGUGAAAGAAACCCUGAGGUUACACCCGCCGGGGCCUCUUCUAUCAUGGGCCCGCCUCGCCGCCGCCGACGUUCACGUCGGAGAUAGCUUCAUUCCGGCUGGAACCACGGCCUUGGUGAAUAUGUGGGCCAUCUCUCGCGACGAGAACGUGUGGCCAGAGUCAGAGAAGUUCAUGCCGGAGCGGUUUGCCGACGAGGACGUGAGCGUCAUGGGGGCUGACCUGAGGCUAGCUCCGUUUGGCGCCGGUAGGAGGGUUUGUCCCGGAAAAGCCAUGGGACUGGCCGCCGUUCAUCUCUGGCUGGCUCAGCUGCUUCAGAGCUUCAAAUGGGUUCCUUCCGAUUGUGGGGUGGACUUGUCUGAGCGUCUGAAACUGUCCCUUGAGAUGAAGAACUCACUGGUUUGUAAGGCACUCCCUAGGGUUAGGGUUGCUUAAAUUUGAAACCCAUGUGGUCGUGAUUAAGGGUACGUACGUGCAUGCAUGCAUGGUUAGUUGAUCUGCUUAAUUAGUACUUUGGCAGUACUGUUCU